UUGUAUUGGAAAAGGAUAUAAGUUGCAAGCGUUUAGCAAUAUACUGCAGUCGGAAUUUAAACAUAAUAGUGAUAGAACGUGGAAUCAGUUCCAAGGAGCAGUUAGAAACAAUUAAUUUCGAGUUAGCCAGAAUGAAGUCACAGGAGAAAUUUGUCCAGUUUGGCGAUUUUAUGGGAAUUGCUGUUGUUUUCUAUAAAUCAUUGGGGCUCGACGCAUUCGCUCCACAAGAAAAACGAAGCAUUCUUCUGAAGAUUUUUCAAGUUUUAGUCUUGGUUUUGGGCACUGGGAAUUUGUUUUUGGCAAUCGCAUUGGAAGUCACCUAUUUCAUAAAGUCGUUUGGAGUCCUUACAAAUAUUUUAGAAAUAACAGCACUGCUUCCCUGCACUAUUAUUAGCACUGCAUCGGCUACGAAAAUCUUGACAGUUUGGAGCAGAAACGCACAACUGACCCCCAUUCUGCAUCAACUGGAGGAUAUGUUUCCGCAAACUGUUGCUGAACAAGAAAAAUAUGACAUCAAAUUCUACCGAAAGCAUAUGCGGAGAGUGGUACUGCCUUGCGUUGUAUUGACACUGAUAACAGGAGCCAUAUUCAGUUUUUUUGAAAUAUCCGAGUCAACGAUUAAUUACUUUCGCAAUGGAAAUUUUGAAAAAAAGUAUCCGUAUUUUUUCUGGUACCCUUUUGAUGAUCAGACGAAUUGGGUUUACCCAAUACUUUAUUUGCAUCAAUUUUAUGCGGGUUUUGUAACAGUGGGCGCUAGUAUAGCGACGGAUUUGCUUUUGUGUUGCAUUGUUACUCAAUUUCGAAUGCAUUUGGACUUUACAUCGAGGCAGCUCUUGAAAAUGGUACCCAGAGGAGGAUCAAAUGAUAUACGUUAUUUGAAGCAGUUGAUCCAGCGUCAUAUAACAAUUUUACGAUUUUCGGACGACAUAAAUGAUGUUUUCGGCAUUUCGAGUCUUUGUACUUUUUUGUCCUCAGCUCCGAUCAUUUGUUUUACUGGAUUUCAAGUAUCGAUCGGCGUCACUAACAAGACUUUCGCUAAAUAUAUUCUGUUUUUGGUAUAUCAAUUACUUACGGUGUUUGCGGUUUGCUACCAUGGAAAUAUCGUCAUUGAUUCGAGCCUUGAAGUGGGUGACGCUGCUUAUGGUCAGGAUUGGUUUCAAGCCAGCAAAGAAUACAAGAAAAUUUUGUUGGUUUUAAUGACUAGAGCAACUAAACAUUCAACCUUGAGAGCCACGAGUUUCGUAACUGCUUCGUUGAGGACGUUUAGCAGUAUUAUAAGUACUUCAUAUCAGUUCUUUGCAUUGGUGAGAACCAUGUACAACGAUGAUAACUGAGUUAAUGAAAGCUAGAGGCUUUGUCUUAGCUAAAGUAGACUUGGAGCGUCCAAUUUCAACUGUUAAAUUGUUUAGGAAGUAUAACAUAUAUGUUCGUAGAAACUUCAAAAAGCAAAUAUGAUGCCUUGAUGUAAAAAAAAACUUAAUUAGAAUCACUGUAAUAUUUGUUCGCCACAUCUAAUUUAUUCGUAAACAGCUAGUUGUGAAGUGUUUUCUCUCAAAAUAUGGACCUUUUUGAAGCCGCUCCCACAUAUUUUUACAUGCCACUUUGAUUUUCCUUUGUCGGGUUGUCAUUAAUUUUGUCACUUUUUCUUGAGUUCUACUUCCUUGGAUUUAUAUCAGGGUCAAUAAAAAAUUGGUUUGACGACCGACAUAUCUUGUCCUCCUUCCACAAUAUCGAAUAAUAUUCGUAUAUUUUUCCUUCGUUCCUUACUAGCAUAAUAUCUUCAUCCCUAUUAUAAUAAUAAAUUGUUUACUUAUUAAAGU